UUCCAUUCUUCAGUUAUAUAAUUCACGAUAAAUUUUUAGAAGCGCCACGAAAAUGAAAAGUUUUUCACCAUUAAACAUAUUAUUUUUAUUGUGUGUACAAUUGUGCUACUUUGAAAGAUUAUAUGCUGUAAAGAUUUUAGCAAUAUUCCCCUUUCAGGGGCGUUCACAAUAUAUUUGCGUGGAAAAUUAUCUAAAAGCAUUGGCUGCAAGGGGUCAUGAAAUGACUGUGAUCUCAGAAUUUCCACAGAAAAAACCGGUGCCGAAUUUCCGUGAUGUUACAAUUAUAAACAAAGAAAGAUUUUUUGAGGACUUCAAAUUGGAUGACUUUAUGACCACAAUCAGCAAAUGGGAAGAGCUAAACUGGGGCAUAGAAUUCUUAACCGUACCCACGCGCAGGGUGUUAGAACACCCGGAAGUGCAGAAAUGGCUGGCAAAUGGCGUCACAUUUGAUUUACUCAUUGUAGAAGUGCUGCAACAGGAGGCGCUGUACGCACUGUCAUAUCAUUUUAAUGCAUCGCUCAUCGGUGUAUCGAGCUUUGGUACUGAUAUGCGCAUCGACGAACUGGUGGGCAAUACCUCACCACUCUCUUAUGUGCCGUCAGUUUUAAGCACCAACAGUGAUCAUAUGAGCUUUUACCAACGUCUGGAGAGUUUAUAUAAAAAUAUUGUCGAGUGGGUGCAUAACCAUUUUAUUAUGAUACCUUUACAAUAUGAAAUAUAUAAAACUUAUGUGAGCAAACCCACAGCUGAUUUUAUGGCAAUAAGAAAGAACUUCUCGCUGCUGCUGCUGAAUCAACACUUCUCGAUGAGCAUACCACGUCCAUACGUGACCAACGCCAUCGAAGUGGGUGGCUGGCAUAUAGACCACAAACCGAAAGCUUUAUCUGCCGAUAUGGAAGCUUUUAUUAACGCUAACCCAAAUGGUGCUAUCUUUUUUUCUUUGGGUUCCAAUUUUUUUAGCAAAAAUUUGUCUAAAGAAAAACUUGCUAUUAUUUUGAAUGUUUUUGCCUCAUUACCCUAUAAUAUAUUUUGGAAGUUCGAACUACCGGAAUUACUGGGAAAACCACAAAACGUCUACAUUGAUAAAUGGUUUCCACAAGCCGAUAUAUUGGCACAUCCCAAUGUAAAACUCUUCAUUACACAUGGUGGGCUAUUGAGCACGAUCGAGGCAAUUCAUUACGCAAAACCGUUAGUGGGUAUACCGAUAUUCUACGACCAACAUCUAAACGUGGCGCGUGCGCAAGCGAAAGGGUUCGGCUUAGGUGUGAACUUGAAGAAUUUAAAUGCCGGUGAAUUAAAUGAUACCAUACUGGAGGUUCUGAAUAAUCCCAAGUACGCCCAGCGCGCUCGCGAUCUCUCUCACCGCUAUCACGAUCAGCCGUUGAAGCCGUUAGAGAAGGCAAUCUAUUGGACGGAAUAUGUGCUGCGUCAUAAGGGCGCGCCGCAUAUGCGCGUGGCUGCACAAGAUUUGAAUUUCAUUGAAUAUCAUAACUUAGAUGCGAUUGCUGUGCUGUUCGGCCUACCGUUACUGGCAUUGGUAAUUAUGGUGUGGGCAAGCUGCCGAUUAUUAAAUUUGAUAACUGAGAAAUUGAUUGAUCAAGAGAGAAAAGUAAAGCAGAAUUAAUUCAUUAUGAAGAGUAGGGAUGGAAAUGGGAUUACUGUAGCCAGAGAGUAAAAGCCAGUACAAGCUAACCCAAUACUCACAUAACUUAGAACUAGAGUUCUUCGAAUGUUUGUAAUCUUGAAAAGCUUAAGGAAAAUUUGCAUCUUUACGUAAUCAUAAUAUGUAUGUGUCUUGAAGGUCAGUCACAUAACUGUAAAUUUUUACCACUUCCUAAUAAAUUGUAUUAUCUUUACUUUUAAAAACACUAAAUCUUAUUAAAAUAAAC